CGGCCGAGUAGCCGCCGCUCCCGGAGCCGGGGGCGAGUGCCGCCCGCAGCCAGUCAGGCCCCUGGGAGAAGCGGGGAGAAAAAUGAAGAGUUUUCCUCGUAAUCCGUUGGAAAUGGGACUAACUGCAAAGCCUUAGGAAGAAGGCGCCCAGGAGGAGAAAGGAAAAGCCUCCUCCGGGGAAGACUUGGCGUGCUCCGAGCCCAGGGCUGCUUCUGGGACCUCGCCACCUCCCUUUCCCGCUGGAGAAAUUGCCGCUGAGGCGUUAUCCCAGUGGUGGUUGGGAGGAUUUGCAGCAGAAUUUUUGGUUUUCCCUCCCCCUUAUAUACAUUCUGGUUUUUUCCUCUCUUUUCGGUUUUCCUUCUGCCUGGGAAGUGAAUUGCUGAUGCAGAUCGGACUUAAUUCAUUAAUGAUGCAACCGGAUUCGUUUCAGGAUUAUGUUGCACGAGUUGAAUUUUGAAUGAAGGAGAAGAGUUUUUUCUUUUUUCUUUUUUUCCCUUUUUUAAUAAGAAGUGACUCUUUGGUUCGCUGUAGUUUUUAAUUAUUUUAUUUAAAUAUACGACUUAAUUGUAUUAUUCUUUGAAAAAUGUAUUAAAUAUCUAUUUUAUGAUAACUUUCCCUCACGAUAUAUGUAUAUGUGCGAAAUUGAAGACGCUUCAGUUAAGUGAGGUUCCUGGUGGGUUGGAUGUUGCAUUCAGCCCCGGCACUGCAUGACAGUUGUUUGAAUAACAAGUGGUUUAUUUUUAAAACCACAGCUUUUACAAUUUAGGAUCAGAUAAUCAUAGUCAAAGUCGCUCUAGUUAUUGCAAGAAAACCCAGCCGAAAUUGAAGCAAACAUGUCUGGAGAAGUGCGUUUGAGGCAGUUGGAGCAGUUUAUUUUGGAUGGGCCGGCUCAGACCAAUGGGCAGUGCUUCAGUGUGGAAACGUUACUGGAUAUCCUCAUCUGCCUUUAUGAUGAAUGCAAUAAUUCUCCACUGAGAAGAGAGAAGAACAUUCUUGAAUACCUAGAAUGGGCUAAACCAUUUACUUCUAAAGUGAAACAGAUGCGGUUACAUAGAGAAGAUUUUGAAAUAUUAAAGGUGAUUGGUCGAGGGGCUUUUGGAGAGGUUGCUGUAGUGAAACUAAAAAAUGCAGAUAAAGUAUUUGCCAUGAAAAUAUUGAAUAAAUGGGAAAUGCUGAAAAGAGCGGAGACAGCAUGUUUUCGUGAAGAAAGGGAUGUGUUAGUGAAUGGAGACAAUAAAUGGAUUACAACUUUGCAUUAUGCUUUCCAGGAUGACAACAACUUGUACCUGGUUAUGGAUUAUUACGUUGGUGGGGAUUUGCUUACUCUACUCAGCAAAUUUGAAGAUAGAUUGCCUGAAGAUAUGGCUCGAUUUUACUUGGCUGAGAUGGUGAUAGCAAUUGAUUCAGUUCAUCAGCUGCAUUAUGUACACAGAGACAUCAAACCUGAUAAUAUAUUAAUGGAUAUGAAUGGACAUAUUCGGUUAGCAGAUUUUGGUUCUUGUCUGAAGCUGAUGGAAGAUGGAACGGUCCAGUCCUCAGUGGCCGUUGGAACUCCAGAUUAUAUCUCUCCUGAAAUCCUUCAAGCCAUGGAAGAUGGAAAAGGCAGAUAUGGACCUGAGUGUGACUGGUGGUCUUUGGGGGUCUGUAUGUAUGAAAUGCUUUAUGGAGAAACACCAUUUUAUGCAGAGUCUCUGGUGGAAACAUAUGGAAAAAUCAUGAAUCACAAAGAAAGGUUUCAGUUUCCAGCUCAAGUGACUGAUGUGUCUGAAAAUGCUAAGGAUCUUAUUCGAAGGCUCAUUUGUAGCAGAGAACAUCGGCUUGGUCAAAAUGGAAUAGAGGACUUUAAGAAACACCCAUUUUUCAGUGGAAUCGAUUGGGAUAAUAUUCGAAACUGUGAAGCACCUUAUAUUCCAGAAGUUAGUAGCCCAACAGAUACAUCGAAUUUUGAUGUGGAUGAUGAUUGUUUAAAAAAUUCUGAAACAAUGCCCCCACCAACACAUACUGCAUUUUCUGGCCACCAUCUGCCAUUUGUUGGUUUUACAUAUACUAGUAGCUGUGUUCUUUCUGAUCGGAGCUGUUUAAGAGUUACAGCUGGUCCCACACCUCUGGAUCUUGAUGCUAAUGUUCAGAGGACUCUAGAGAACAACUUAGCAACUGAGGCCUAUGAAAGAAGGAUUAAGCGCCUUGAACAGGAAAAACUUGAACUUAGUAGAAAGCUUCAAGAGUCAACACAGACUGUCCAGGCUCUGCAGUAUUCAACUGUUGAUGGUCCACUAACAGCAAGCAAAGAUUUAGAAAUAAAAAACUUAAAAGAAGAAAUUGAAAAACUAAGGAAACAAGUAAGAGAAUCAAGUCAUUUGGAACAGCAACUUGAAGAAGCUAAUUCUGUGAGGCGAGAACUAGAUGAUGCUUUCAGACAGAUCAAGGCUUAUGAAAAACAAAUCAAAACAUUACAACAAGAAAGGGAAGAAUUAAAUAAGGAACUAGUCCAGGCUAGUGAGCGAUUAAAAAACCAAUCCAAAGAGCUGAAAGACGCACACUGUCAGAGGAAACUGGCCAUGCAGGAAUUCAUGGAGAUCAAUGAGCGGCUAACAGAAUUGCACACCCAAAAGCAGAAACUUGCUCGCCAUGUCAGAGAUAAGGAAGAAGAGGUGGAUCUGGUGAUGCAAAAAGUUGAAAGCUUAAGGCAAGAACUGCGCAGAACAGAAAGAGCCAAAAAAGAGCUGGAAGUCCAUUCAGAAGCUAUAGCUGCUGAAGCAUCUAAAGACAGGAAGUUGCGUGAACAGAGUGAGCACUAUUCUAAGCAACUGGAAAAUGAAUUAGAGGGACUAAAGCAAAAACAAAUUAGUUACUCACCAGGAGUAUGCAGCAUAGAACAUCAGCAAGAAAUAACCAAACUAAAGACUGAUUUGGAAAAGAAAAGUAUCUUUUAUGAAGAAGAAUUGUCUAAGAGAGAAGGAAUACAUGCAAAUGAAAUAAAAAAUCUGAAGAAAGAACUGCAUGAUUCAGAAGGCCAGCAACUUGCUCUCAACAAAGAAAUUAUGAUUUUGAAAGACAAAUUAGAAAAAAACAGGAGAGAAAGUCAAAGUGAAAGGGAAGAAUUUGAAAAUGAAUUCAAACAACAGUAUGAACGAGAAAAAAUGUUAUUGACAGAGGAAAAUAAAAAACUGACAAGUGAACUUGAUAAGCUUACCACUUUGUAUGAGAACCUAAGUACACGCAACCAACAGUUAGAAGAAGAAGUAAAAGAUCUAGCAGACAAGAAGGAAUCAGUCGCACACUGGGAAGCUCAAAUUACAGAAAUAAUUCAGUGGGUCAGUGAUGAAAAGGAUGCACGAGGAUAUCUUCAGGCCUUAGCUUCUAAAAUGACUGAAGAAUUGGAAGCAUUAAGAAACUCCAGCUUGGGUACCCGAGCAACAGAUAUGCCCUGGAAAAUGCGUCGUUUUGCAAAACUGGAUAUGUCAGCUAGGCUGGAGUUGCAGUCAGCUCUGGAUGCAGAAAUAAGAGCCAAACAGGCCAUCCAAGAAGAGCUGAAUAAAGUUAAAGCAUCUAACAUCAUAACAGAAUGUAAACUAAAAGAUUCAGAGAAGAAGAACUUGGAACUACUAGCAGAAAUCGAACAACUGAUAAAGGACACUGAAGAGCUUAGAUCUGAAAAGGGUAUAGAGCACCAAGACUCACAGCAUUCUUUCUUGGCAUUUUUGAAUACGCCUACCGAUGCUCUGGAUCAAUUUGAAGAUUCCUUUUCUUCUUCCUCAUCUUCACUGAUUGAUUUUUUGGAUGACCGCUCUCCGUCGUGUACUCCAGCUAGCAAAGGCAGACGUACCGAUCCCGUUGAGAACACAUAUGUACGGAAUCCGAACGUCAAGUUUUACAUCCAGUCAAGGUCCACAUCUCCUUCCACAUCUAGUGAAGCUGAGCCAGUUAAGACUGUAGACUCUACCCCACUUCCAGUUCACACACCAACCUUAAGGAAAAAAGGAUGCCCUGGUUCAACUGGCUUUCCACCUAAGCGCAAGACUCAUCAGUUUUUUGUCAAAUCUUUUACCACUCCUACCAAGUGUCAUCAGUGUACCUCUUUGCUGGUGGGUCUGAUAAGACAAGGCUGUUCCUGUGAAGUGUGUGGAUUUUCAUGUCACAUAACUUGCGUAAACAAAGCUCCAACUGCUUGUCCAGUUCCUCCUGAACAGACAAAGGGUCCCCUGGGCAUAGAUCCGCAGAAAGGAAUAGGAACAGCAUAUGAAGCUCAUGUCAGGAUCCCUAAGCCAGCUGGAGUGAAGAAAGGAUGGCAGAGGGCACUGGCUGUAGUUUGUGAUUUCAAACUCUUUCUGUACGAAAUUGCUGAAGGAAAAGCAUCUCAGCCCAGUGUUGUAGUCAGUCAAGUGAUUGACAUGAGGGAUGAAGAAUUUUCUGUGAGUUCAGUCUUGGCUUCUGAUGUUAUUCAUGCGAGUCGAAAAGAUAUACCCUGUAUAUUUAGAGUCACAGCUUCCCAGCUCUCAGCAUCUAGUAACAAAUGUUCGAUCCUGAUGCUAGCAGACAGUGAGAAUGAGAAGAGUAAGUGGGUUGCAGUGCUGAGUGAAUUGCACAAGAUUUUGAAGAAAAACAAAUUCAGAGACCGCUCAGUCUAUGUACCCAAAGAGGCUUAUGACAGCACUCUACCCCUCAUUAAAACAACCCAGGCAGCUGCAAUCAUAGAUCAUGAAAGAAUAGCUUUGGGAAAUGAAGAAGGGUUAUUUGUUGUACAUGUCACCAAAGAUGAAAUUAUUAGAGUUGGUGACAAUAAGAAGAUUCAUCAGAUUGAACUCAUUCCCAAUGAUCAGCUUGUUGCUGUGAUCUCAGGACGAAAUCGUCAUGUACGCCUUUUUCCUAUGUCAGCUUUGGACGGGCGAGAGACUGAUUUUUAUAAGCUGGCAGAAACUAAAGGGUGUCAAACCAUAACUUCUGGAAGAGUGCGUCAUGGAGCUCUUACAUGCCUGUGUGUAGCUAUGAAAAGGCAGGUCCUCUGCUAUGAACUAUUUCAGAGCAAGACCCGGCACAGAAAAUUUAAGGAAAUUCAAGUCCCAUAUAAUGUCCAGUGGAUGGCCAUCUUCAGUGAACAGCUCUGUGUGGGAUUCCAGUCUGGAUUUCUCAGAUAUCCCCUGAAUGGAGAAGGAAAUCCCUACAGUAUGCUCCAUUCAAAUGACCAUACCCUCUCGUUUAUUGCACAUCAACCAAUGGACGCCAUCUGCGCAGUUGAAAUCUCCAGUAAGGAGUAUCUGCUGUGUUUUAACAGCAUCGGGAUAUACACUGACUGCCAGGGCCGAAGAUCCAGACAGCAGGAAUUGAUGUGGCCAGCAAAUCCCUCCUCUUGUUGUUAUAAUGCACCAUAUCUCUCUGUGUAUAGUGAAAAUGCGGUUGAUAUCUUUGAUGUGAACUCCAUGGAAUGGAUUCAGACUCUCCCACUCAAAAAGGUUCGACCCUUAAACAGUGAAGGAUCAUUAAAUCUUUUAGGGUUGGAGACAAUUAGAUUAAUAUAUUUCAAAAAUAAGAUGGCAGAAGGAGAUGAACUGGUAGUUCCUGAAACAUCAGAUAAUAGUCGAAAACAAAUGGUUAGAAAUAUUAAUAAUAAGAGGCGUUAUUCCUUCAGAGUCCCAGAAGAGGAAAGGAUGCAACAGAGGAGAGAGAUGCUACGAGAUCCAGAAAUGAGAAAUAAACUAAUUUCUAACCCAACUAAUUUUAACCACAUAGCACACAUGGGCCCAGGAGAUGGAAUACAGAUCCUAAAAGACCUGCCCAUGCCAGGUUUUCCCUAUCCAUCCCCUCAUCAUCACUCCGGUCUGAUCUCCUCUCCGAUCAACUUUGAGCACAUCUAUCACAUGACUGUUAAUUCUGCUGAAAAAUUUCUCUCUCCUGAUUCCAUAAACCCUGAAUAUUCCCCGUCUCUACGCUCUGUCCCCGGUACACCAAGCUUUAUGACUCUGAGGAACCCUCGGCCUCAGGAAAGUCAAAGUCGGACAGCAUUCAGUGGCUCAGUCAGUAUCCCAUCCAUCACCAAGUCCCGCCCUGAGCCCGGUCGCUCCAUGAGCGCCAGCAGUGGCCUCUCAGCAAGGUCCUCGGCGCAGAAUGGCAGCGCAUUGAAGAGAGAAUUCUCCGGAGGGAGCUACAGUGCAAAGCGGCAGCCGAUGCCCUCGCCGUCAGAGGGCUCACUGUCUUCGGGGGGCAUGGACCAAGGAAGUGACGCCCCAGCGAGAGACUAUGACGGCGAGGACUCCGAUUCUCCGAGGCAUUCCACUGCUUCCAACAGCUCCAACCUGAGCAGCCCGCCCAGCCCGGUGUCGCCGCGAAAGACCAAGAGCCUCUCCCUGGAGAGCACCGACCGCGGGAGCUGGGACCCAUGACCCGUGAGCAGCGGCAGCACCAGGCCCCCUCCGCCCACCUCCAUCCCCUCCUCCACCUCUGCCUGAACACCCCAGGGCCAGCGGCAUGGCAGGGCAGGGAUUCGGGAAUUGACUCUAGGACUCGCAUCCACGCCCCUCGACUUAACAGCAACAACCGUAAAGGCAGACUUUCAUCGAGCGGCUUAGAUUAAUACUGAUUUCAUUUCAUACACUUAGAGUUGCUUUCCAUAAUAUUUUACCCUCCCCUAAAAGGUAGCUUAAGUAGACAGAUUACACAAAUGUAAGCGAUAAGAGUAAGAUUAGACAGCUGUUGUUUUCACCGUAGCGUCUCCUUGCAGCCUGGAGAGAGCACGCGGUGCCCUCCCGUGGGUCCCUGGCGGCACCCCAGCCCCUUCAGCCCCACAGUGAAGGUCGUUGGCAGUAAGUCCCUAUUCACAAAGCAGUGCAUAUUUUACUACAAUGCAGAGUUUAAGUAAAUACACACAUGUAGAGAUGAGAUACUGAAUGUAUAUAGUAAAAAGCAUCUUGCAUUCAACGAAGAGAUGGAUGCGUAUAUGAGAGAGCGCAUUUAAUUUAAAGAAAUGUGUUAUUUCUUGUCUGUUUUCCAACCAAGUACUUAAAGCGUGGAAGGCCUCAGGCUGACACUGGCGGAGGGAGAGUGAGAGCAGGGUUCCUUUGGUGCCGUUUCUCACACUGGUCGCGGUCACCUGGAGCGUAGGAAACGUUCAGAGGCUUUGGUUUCUUUGGUUUGGAGUGUGACCGGGGAACCAGACUUCUGACAUUUGAAGCCUCUUCAGCAGCAUCAUGACAAGACAAAUCUACUUCUACCCAAGGCAUUUCUUUCCUGGCAGUGGAAUUGGAACCAUACUUCUUCUUUUCUUACUCUACUUUGGCAUCUUCUGCCGAUGAAUGUCAAAGUGCAGUUUUGUCACCUUCCGGAUCCCUUCCAUCUGAAAGGACACAGGAAUGAGGUCGUUUCUGAAGGUCGUCCAUGAAAAGGCUCAUAAAAGGGCUUUUUUCCUGGCUGAUCCCCUCGCCCUCUCCCUGAGUCGCAUUGAGGCACCUGUCCCGCAGCCAAGCUGGCUUCUCGGGGAGGAGUCUGUUUUGAGGAGGGGUGUGAGCUUCUUCAGAUGAGCCUGGGAAAAAGGGUUUAAUGACCAAAUAAUUUCAAACCUCAAAUGCAAGGACUUGAACAGCCUUAACCAAAUAUUCUUCCCCUCACGCGGUGAGAAGCGGCCGUGUUGAGCCCGGCGGGUGGGCGGGCACGGGCAGGCAGGCAGGCCAGCGUGGCCUUCUGUUCUCUUCCUCCCUCAGUGGCUCUAUGGGGUUUUAGUCACAUCGCCAUGUGAAUUCCUGCGUUUUAGUUACCACAAGGAAAUGAGAUGCAGAACCAGAACUUCAUUUCUCCAGAGUCAUUUCACCAGUUAAGCACAUGAGAAAGAGAACUGAAAAUAUCUCUUGAAAGUAAAGAGAAUCUGCCUCGCUUACUUUCUGUCUAAAUUUCUCUGAGACACAGAAACAGAUGUUCUGCUCUCCCCUUCAAAGGGCAGCACAAGGGCAGCGCUUUCCUGCGGGGGCUGGUCUGAGGUCAAUGUCUGGGCCCUGUCCCUUCAGCCCCGAAUUCACCUCCUCCUCCUCCUGGUCGGCAGGGGCCACAGGGAGCUGGGCUGUUCCACGCCGGUGCUGCUCUGGAGCAGGCGACUGAGGGCCAGCGAGGGAGGACAGGCUGCUAUGUGGGGACUAGAUUGUCCUAUGUUACAAAAGAGAAUUUUAAAAGGAUAACAGGCCUGACAUUUAAACAUACUGAACUCAGUGCUGGCUUAGAUCUGCUUAUGUUUUCCUUUGGAUGGGUAUAUCAAUUCCUGUGCAUUUCUAACCUUUUAGAUCCUUUGCUUUUGGAAGAGAAGUGUCAUGUGAACAUACUUUCGUGCAUCCAGUGUCCAGAGCCAGGCCCUGCCCUGGGGAUGCUGUGACUCUGGUCACUUCCUACACUUGGCACUUCCUGGGGGAGGAGGGAGCCAGCCAGCCAGGGGCUGAGGACCCGAGGCCAGCUCCCCUCCUCCCCUGCAGCCCCCCCCCCCCCCCCCCCCCGUCUUUCCCCUCCCUGCUUCCUGUCUCCCUCAUCUCCUCUGGGAGGAGGCCCACCGGGCUGAGGGUCACAGGACCACACCCUAAACCAUUAGAUUAUAGCUUUGACAAGUACGUUUCUGUUGCCUGGAGGUGCUUUUUUUCUUAAGAUGGCUUUGGGAUCAAAGUAUAACCGUACCUGAAGUCUGGACCCCACCACAGUGAGUCAAACAGGGCAGAUGAGAGCGUGGCCGAGGCUCAGGCUCACGGCCAGCCGCAUGUCACCCAGUCACCUGAUGCGUCUCACCAGCAGUGAGAGCGCAGCCCCCAAACAGUCGUUUCUAACAGCAGGACUUUGGGGGGGACUCUGCCAAGAGUAGUGGGUUUGGGGGGUCGUUUCCCAAGAUAAUGAUCAUUCUGCUGGGCUUAUCCCACUAGCUUCUGAGAAGAAUCACUUGAAAAGCUAGGAAAUGGGUUCUAGAAAAACGGAAAGCAAGAUGCUCGGGCAGAGGCACUAGGAAUGAAGCUCACAGAACAGAGGUGGUCACUGCUGUCCGAAGCCGUCCUGUGUUUCCGAGCAGGACAUGAAAGAGGAGCAGAUACAGCAGCAGGGACUCGUUUCUCAGUCAAAGAGGAAGAUCAACGGAGAGGCAUUUCUGGCACAGUCUAGAUGUGUUGGUAUAUGGUGCUAUCACUGUUCAGCCAAUUUGUUGUCUACCCUUGAAUUCUAAUUUAAUCUUGCUGUGUGCUUUGGGUGUAUAAAAUUACAUAUAUACAUUCACACACACACAUAUAUUUCUUUUUGCCAAAAACAAAAGCCUUCCUCCUUGCAAAACAAUUGCUAAAGCAGAUUUCCCUUCUUUAGUCAUGUGUGUACACACACACACACGCCCAUCCCCUGCACUUAGUGAUUUAUCUUCUUUCCCAGAAGCACAGUUUAAGGCCAUGAAACACAACUGAAAAGGGCCCAUCUAGCUUCCCAAGCAAUUCUUGUACCCAGGUUUCAGGGAAGAAUCUGAAAUUCCCGUUAUGUUUACAGCAACAACCUGUCAUUCCCCAGCUGGCUCUCAGCCUCUUUCUGCCUUCCAUAUGGUUAGAAUCGUGUCGUUUUGUUCCUCAGUGGCCACAUCUACUUCUGUGAAAGACCAGUUGCAUUCCUAUGGACUCUCAGGUAUCAUUAAAGCAAAGCCAGAGUGGGGUGGGCCAUCAUGCCCAAGCCCCUGGUACAGCAGGGCCGUUUGCUGGCCUUUGGCCACAAGCACUCAUCUCCCAGCUAAGCAGAGCCUUGGAAAGCUCAGCACCUACUCCCUGGACACGGGACCGUCUUCUCAGCAGUGGUCAGACUCUGCCGCCGCCCGCAUCUGCCAGGCGCCCCGCUCCCCACCGCUCCCUGGCCCAGCCCCUGAGUUAACUAGAUAAGCCACGUGGCACUGCAUUGGGCCCAUCUUUAAACCUGUCUCACCAGGACUUUCUUAGCAAGUCCAGAGUUCUCUGCAGAGUCCUGCUCCUCUCAAGGGCCUCGCUUCAGCCAGCGCUCUGCCCCAUGCCAACCCUGGCCAGGCACCUCCUCCUCCCCAGGGACAGCCUUUAUCCACGGAAACCAUUUCAUUCACCAGGGGAAUGGAUGAAAACAAAUCAGCCUUGGAAUUUCCUGACAACAAAAUGACCUGCCUUUUUAUUUGAUAGUGUAAUAUCAUUUAUAAAUUUUUUAGGGUUUUUUCUCAUUGUAAUAUUAUUGUACAGUUUUGCAUGGCCUGGGUGUAAUCAUUUUUUUUGUUGUUGUUUAGAAUAUAAUGCUGACAAAUAAGUGUGUAUGGAAGGGGAAAAGAAACUGCUUUGGCCUCUUAUCACUCAUUUCAUUUUGUUUGGUUUGAUCCCCUCGAUGUCUUAGGGAACUUUAUGAGAUUCUCUGCUACCAAACAAUGGUGUGGAUUCUUUUGCACAGAAAUAUUUAAGGUGGGACAGUCAAAAAUGUAACAAGACUGUCACCAAUACUUUAUGUUGGUAUCACUUAAUAUUAACCAGACUCUGAUGUAUUGCAAUAAAACAGGGAACUGUUA